GCGGCAGCCAGCCGGGGCCAUGGCCAGCACGGCCGUGCAGCUGCUGGGCUUCCUGUUCAGCUUCCUGGGCCUGGUGGGCACGCUCAUCACCACCAUCCUGCCGCACUGGCGCAGGACGGCGCACGUGGGCACCAACAUCCUGACGGCUGUGUCCUACCUGAAGGGGCUGUGGAUGGAGUGCGUGUGGCACAGCACGGGCAUCUACCAGUGCCAGAUCUACCGCUCGCUGCUGGCGCUGCCCAGCGACCUGCAGGCGGCCCGCGCGCUCAUGGUCAUCUCCUGCCUGCUGUCGGGCGCGGCCUGCGCAUGCGCCGUCAUCGGCAUGAAGUGCACGCGCUGCGCCAAGGGCACGCCGGCCAAGACCACCUUCGCCAUCCUGGGCGGGGCGCUCUUCAUCCUGGCCGGCCUGCUCUGCAUGGUGGCUGUCUCCUGGACCACCAACGACGUGGUGCAGAACUUCUACAACCCGCUGCUGCCCAGCAGCAUGAAGUACGAGAUCGGGCAGGCCCUGUACCUCGGCUUCAUCUCCUCGUCCCUGUCCAUCAUCGGCGGCACCCUGCUCUGCCUGUCCUGCCAGGACGAGGCGCCCUCCAGGCCCUACCCCGCCCCGCCCAGGGCCGCCACCGCCACGGCCACCGUACCCUCAUACCGGCCACCCGCCGCCUACAAGGACAACCGGGCUCCCUCGGUCAUCUCGGCCACGCACAGCGGGUACAGGCUAAGUGACUACGUGUGA